AAUUUUAAUACAACGUAAAAAUGUGUAACGUCGUGGUUUGCUUGCUAACUUUGUCCUUGUUUUUGUUCUCUGGAUUAUCGAACACAGAAUUGGCCCGAGUACAAUAUGAAGCUUUAAAGCCAAGUAAGUAGGGGUCUCAGGUCUGGGAUCAAAAGAUGAUCAAAGAAAUCGAGAUUGAAGUAGAUGGUAGUUGUUCAAGGCGUGCACCUGGAAGAAGAGGACCAACAAAGAGACCACCAAAACGAUGUAUUAAACCAUAGUAACAAUCCGUUAUAUAUGUACCUAUGUAUAAUUUUAUGAAUAUGACAUCUUUUUGCUUUUGUGUAAA